UGCCACGGCAAGGACGACCAACGACCGAUCGCAAGUGUUACCCGCUAAGUACGCCCAGCUGGGGAACGCGUCAGCUUUGUCCCUCCCUUCUCUUUCAUGAAUAAAGUCUUCUGUCGGGUGCAGUUCCCCAAGGUUCUCGGUUUUGGAAUCACAACGUCUCUCGACCGGACUUCCACGACCUUGAACUUUCAACAAGCAAGAAACCUGUCAUUUCAUCACAACAGCUCGAAUCGCCGCAUUGGAAGUCGCGCUUCUCAGUCUGUCCACAAUGUCGUCUGCCACUCCCAUUCCCGUCGCCAGCCUCGGUGCCAACCCGGAUGUGGCCAAAGAGAUCCAGAACCUCCUUCUACCGGAGUAUGACGUCGUACACAUGUGCAUGGACGGCAAGUCCGCCAUUACCGAGCUGCCCCCGCUGUGCGGCGGCAACACGGCCACGGCGCCCUCCUCAGGCCUGGGAUCCAACGUCGACAGGGAGGCAGCCGAGCGCAAGGUGCCCAAGGUGGUCAUCUUCGGCGGCGCUGUCACGGACGACGAAGCCAAGUCUGUGUCGGAAGCGGUGGCUGUCCUGGCGCCGCAGGUGAAGAUGGUCCGCGUCACGAAGGACGAUAUUUCGGCGGCGGGAUCUGCGGGCCCCAACCCGGAGGUUAUUGUCAAGGUGCUGAGAGAGAAGUUGGGCAAGCUGAUCCAAGGUGGAGAGAUCUAAAUCCCGGAUGGGUCAUGCCAAGGCCGAAAGGUGCCCAGUUCCCAAAGGAAGUCCAGGAGGGGUUCGAUCAUCUGAGGGAUGAGGGAGGGAGAUAAGAGCUGCAGUGAUAGUCUGCUUUUGCUAGGGUUGCUUCGCGAAACCAGACUUUGUUUCCUGGACCGAUCAUUUGUUGACCUAGAUUAAGACACGGUAAGGUGUCUAUUGGCUAAAGUGACUAAAGCGACCACG